UGGAAAAAUCAAUCAAUCAAAUUGACAGUAGUGAAAAUGUUAAACUGUUGAAAAAAUACUGAAAUUGUUUGUGUUUUGUGUGUGUUUAAAUUGUGAGUAAUAUAAAUUAUCCAAUGGAAGAACGUCUCUACUUAUUCGAGGUCCUCAUAGACAGUAUCUAUUUUGAUGAUUGCGUAUCGGAAAUUCCACAAAAGAAGCAAAUUGUUGUUAGUGUGAAAUUGGGAAAUAUUGUCACUUUAGAGAUACGAUCUGAGACCCUACCAAAUAGGGGUGAAGGUGGUAACAAACGCAUAGUCGAUUUCAAAUCCGGCAGAUCCUAUUUGGCACCCCUAUUGCAGGAAGAGCUGCUGCAGGCUCUGGACACUCAAGGUUUAGAGGUCACCGUCGGGGUUAGAGGGGACGUGGUGCCCUUGGGUACGUCGAGCGCACCAUGGGACGACUGCUUCAAGGAGAUGGUGCAGGCCUCCCACGAGGAGUUCGUCACUCCCGUCUCGAUAAACGAUGAUUUUUGUCUGAUAGAGAAUGGCGUGAUAAAGGGCAACGUCCAGAUGUUCUUGCGGUUGUCCUGCUUCGGAAAGAACAUCCAGACGCAUGUCGAGGUCCUGCAGGAGGGCGGAAACAGGCAGUUCCUGUUCAAGUCGCCCAACAUGGCUACGACAUUCAUUUGUUCCAAAUACGGUGCUGGAACUUCCACAGACUUCCUACCAGUCGGUGCGCUCUAUAAUGCAGGCAAUAUACAUAAAGGUGCAGCCUCUGGAACGAACAAGGCGGCAUCUUGGACAGCUAUGGUAGAUCAGCAAACUAGCUUCUUCGAGAAGCGAAGCUCCGUUCAAUCGGAAUGCCUGUUUCCGGAAUAUUUGAACAUAGUGCCGCCUGUCAAAGAUUCUGCAAUCACCUUCGAUAUUGUUUCCUUGAGAGCCAGACCAGAGGAGGAGAAGUUUCUGGACUUCUUGACCGGAAAGAAGUUUGGAGACAUCACGGAUUCGAUACAUUCAUUCUCAAUUGCAGAUGAGGAGGGCAACGAACGAAUCAUAUACUACUUUGACGAUAGCAAGAAAGACACCGCCGCCGGCACGAAGGAAUCCAAAGCUUGUCAAUGCCCUAAAACUCCAGUUUACUGCAAGCACGUCUACGCCGCCAUCGAGAAAUACGAGAAGACCCACCCCGAUAUUAUGGUAUUCGGGAAGAAAGUCAAAUACGAUAAACUACAGAAAAGCAAAGAAGCCUCCCUGGCAGAGAAGAGCGAUUCAAUAUUGAGGUUGAGAGGAGGGCACGACAAGGAAGAACCGUAUGUGCACAAGAAGACUAAAGGUUGCUACAACCCGUGCUGCAGAAUGGCUUUCAAACUGAGAUCUGUCGGUAAAAGUCAGGUGGAAGAAAAUAAUCCGGUAGAAACGAAAGAUGACUAUUUCUGCGCAGAUUUUUUCUGCCCCGAAAACAACAGGAGGAAUGUUGCCCUUCAAGUUAAAUUUUCCGAAGACGACGUGCCGUCUAGCUAUAUCUGUCGUAAUAGAUACUGCCCGGCAGCUAAGAUGUUCAAGAAAUUAGGACUUGGUCCGCUUGCUACGGAACGUUGCCAAGGUUGCCUGUAUGGUCCUGUUAGACCCCCUGUACAAUAUGGUCUCUCGCAAACAUACGGAACCUUCGAUACCUACGGGCCUUACGGGAUUUUCUUCAAAACUAACACCCCGUAUAUGCAAGGAGAAGGAAGAACUUUAUCCAAAAAGCGUCCAGUACUCAGAUUGAGAGGAGGAGGGGCGGAGUUUGACUCGUCAGAAUCAGAUCCAUCGAGAUUGAGAGGAGGAGCACCGUGGAAAUCACCGAUUGUUGAAUGUCAAGAGAUCAUGGAGCAAUUCGACAAAAUUCUGGGAGAGUACAGAACAGCCUUGGAGUCCGGGAAUAAAAAAGAAAGAGACAUCGAGGAAUAUAUGGAACCUUCAACAACGGCGAAUUGUGGACACCCGAGGUGCACUUACAUAUCCGAACCAGCGUUGAAACCAAUUCAUUGGGACUGUCCCGAACCUCUACCCAUUGGAAUUUGUAGAAAUCCCAAAUGUCCUUAUCUUCCCGAAGACUUGAAGAGAAUCGGAAGGAUACUGGCUUCUAGAGGCCACUAUCAGGAGGAAACGAAUACAAACUAUCAUACAGCAGCGAAGAGCACACCAGAAUUUACAAGACAAACAAAUUACUCUGGUCAACAAUGCCCAUUUUACAAUCCCCCAAAAAUCGUGAACAUGAUGCAGUUCUGCAACUUAUCCCUACCGAACAUGAAACAAUCUAAUUCUUGUUGCUCGAACCCGAACUGUCCUCUCAAAGGCAUCGUUUCCUCGUGUUCUAAUCCGGAUUGUCCUUUCGCUCAUGGAGUAAUGGGACAAGCUUGUUCUAAUCCCGACUGUCCGUUCAGACAGGCCAGUUUUUCAGCUCCGUGUUCUAACCCCGAUUGUCCUCUACGAAAAGGAGAUCUAUCCGAGCCCUGCUCUAAUCCCGAGUGUCCCUUCAAAGGAUCCAAUAUUUCUGAGGCUUGCUCGAAUCCCGACUGUCCUUUCAAGAAUGCGUCAACGCCCGGCGGUCGCGUAUCUGAAGAAAGUUGCCACAACCCAGACUGUCCUUUCAAAAAGAAAUCCGAGUCGGUGGAGGUCUGUGAGAAUCCAGAUUGUCCUUUCAAAACUAAAGAAAGUACCGCGCCGGUAUGGGCUGAUCUUUGCGACUUGACCACCGAAUGCAAAUGUAACAAUCCUAACUGUCCCGCUCAGAAGGAAAUUUGUAGCAAUCCAGAAUGUCCUUUCAACAUCGAGAAGCCGGAAGUUUGCGGAAACCCCAACUGUCCAUACAAAUCUCAACCAUCAGCCAAAAAGAAGGGAAUUUGCGGUUCGCUCACAAAAUCCUUCUGUGGGGAUAAAACCUGUCCUUUCCACGAAGGAGCAGGCGAAGAAAAAGAGGAGGGCGAGAAAGGGCAACAGUCCACAAUAGGAGGUGGCGACGGUCUCGCGAGUCACGUGAAGGAUGAAAAAAUAAAAGUUCAAGGUACGGCCAUCGAAGAAGGUGCACUCGAGAUUACCAAAGGAGACCGACCUUCUCAUUACGACAUGGUUCCUUGCACCUUAGCCACUUGUAAGUUUAUGGGUGGAAAGUUAAAAUGUGAAGAUUGCGCCACAUUGACGGAAGGAAGGAGGCACGCACCCUGUCCUAAAAUUUGUCCGGGAGAUGUGAAAUGUCCUCUUGCUAUCAGUGGCGUCAGUACACAUCAUAAAGACAUAAAGAAGCCGGAAACUACUAAGCGAGCUCUGAGGAAAGCCAGGAAACAGUUCGCUUACCAUUUCGGAGAUAAUUAUCCAGGGAUCCACAUGGGCCAUAAACAUUGUGUUAUUUCGCCGUUUAAUGUCCCUCCAAAAAUGGGCUGGUUGUGGAAUGUCCAUACUCCCUGCCUACAACUAAGGCAAAGAAAAGGUUGGAGACCUGGGGCCAUUGGCAAAACGAUCUUAGAAGCUAUCCAAGCCCAUCGUAGGGCACAGAACAUGGCCCCUCUAGAGGAGUUCACCAAGAGGAGGAGAAAGAAGAAAUUUGGUGGCGGUGAAGAAUCUGAAACUGAAAUGGUCCAUCCCAAACCCACACUUCAAAUAAAGAGAAAGGAGGGUGUAUACUACAUCACUAUGAAUCCACUAAAAGAUCCUAGAUCCCUGGUUCCAAACGAAAAUCCAUACAUGGAAACAACACCUUUACAAUUCCGAAUAAUGAAAGCAAAAGAGACCAAUGAAUACAAAUCUUGCGUCUGCAAUGAUCAAGGCAUAGUCUACGAACCAUCCGAGUCAUCUUCAGAUAGCGAGCUGGACAUUGAAUUCACACCGCCUGCUGGAAUCAUACGACCAGAGAGAUUCGUGAAGACAAAAGAUGUCAUUCAUAUCGACACUCAAUAUAACUCGAACGACAUCGUGUCAUCUUUCGAUAAAUUGAACAAAGGAAAGGGUAAAGACGACAACGGCAAAAAGCCAGAACAGGAAAACGGGAAAAAGAAGGGAAAGGGUGAUGGAAAGGACAAAAAGAAGAAGAAAUAAAAUGAGGAGAGAGACAACAACAUUUGAAUCUUGUGAAUCAUAACCAUAUACCAAUUUACGGAAAAUAAAGUUCUGGAAAAAU